AUGGCUAGGGAUUCGGAAGGAAAAACUGUUGAUGACUUUGCAUCCACCAUAGAUUCUCUCGAUAAGGUAGAGAACCUUAGAUCAAAAUAUGACCUUCCUUUAGACCUAGAGACAAGAGCCCCAUUAGGAAAUGAGAGGGCCAACUCUUCUCCAGGGGGAAGAAUUACUGUGUAUGACCGAUUUAUGCACCUAGGGCUUAGAUUCCCCCUCUUCCCCCUAUUUGUGGAGAUUGUGCAACACUAUAGGACUCCCUUUGCUUGUUUUACCACAAAUUUAAUAACUUUUGUGCUGGGGUUUGCAAGAGUAUGCCAACAUGUAAAAGUAAGACCUCGAUUGAUAUUGUGGAGGUAUUUCUUCCAAGUAGUUUUGGCCUCAACCUCUUUCCAAGACUGGUAUAUUGUGAAAAGGCGCCUUAGAUCCGGCGUGAAAAAGAUGGUCGAGGCAUAUGGCGGCUCUCCAGAAUGGAAGCCGGAUUUCUGGUUUGUACGGGCAUCCAAGAGCUAUUGCCUGUCGUGGAAUCUCCGAGAGACGGAGGGUCUUGGGGCAAUAAAGGAUGAGUGGACCCAAGAGGACGAAGAGUGCAUCGAGGAGCUCAAUGCAGAUGUGGAGAAGAUUCUGAAAUACUCUAAGGUCAUGUCGUCAAGCAACGCUGGUUCUCGAUUGUUUGGUGACGAAGAUCCUUUUACUAUUGUGAAUUCUGAUGAGGACGUUACCAUCACUGCAGCACCUCAGAAGAAGAAGAAGAGGAUCGUGAAGAUCCGUGAUAGGGCGAAAUCCAAGAAGGCUAGAACGGAUGCACCCUCGAAAGAAGCCACACCACCGGAUAAGCAUGGCCUUGAUGGCCUACUUGGUGCAGCUGAUGAAAAUGCGAGAAGACCUGGUCGCGGCCCGAUUCUUGAAGGAGAUGAAGCUCUGUUUGAGGUGGUGACUCUCGAGGAAAAGGCCCGUCAAGUCCAAGGGAAGGAAGCUGAGAUCGCCUUGGUACAAGCCAAGUAUGAUGAGCUGGACAAGAAGAUGAAGUCCUUCGCCAGUUUUCACAUCUCGAAGGAAGAACUACACCAGUGGUGUGUUGCGUUCAUGUACAAGACGCUGUCUAUAGAAGGGAUGGCCGCAGCCCUUGAGGAGAUGAAUUUGGUUGCCACCAAGUGCGGGGCGUACCCGGUAGGCGUGGCAGGCUUGAGGAGGCUUGAUCAGGAAAGGCCAAUCAAGGCCAAGUGGUUUAAGCAGCUCCUGAUAAAGUACCCCAAGAAGACCAUGCACGAGGCGAUGGUGAAGGUUCUCACGAGGUUGAACCUCGAGCAACUGCCCCUGUGGGAGGCUUUGACUGGUACCUUGCCGAAAAUGAGUUCUCCCGCAGACAUUGCCUUAUUCCCAGGUGACGUACCUACUAUCUUUGCCAAGGGCCCAAGCGAGGAAGAUCCCAUACCUGCUGUACCGGACGAGUACAUGGGUAUCGAGCUCGAGGAUGCCGACAAAGCCACUGAGGAGGAUGUUGCUGAUACUGGCCAUUCUGGGGAUAGUUGGUCCGUCCACCGUCUUCACCUCAUGGUGCUAUUAGAGGAGCAAUCGAGCGAGUUCCCACUGUAUUCCAUGACUAGCGGAAUUCUAAAAAAUCGUGCCGAUGUGCACAGUAUCGAGACAGUGGCAAACUUAGAGAAUGACCUUCUCGAUGCAAUGAGGACGCAUAAUGUAAAGGUUAAUCAGCAUCUGAUAAACGAGAUUAAAGGACUUUGCGAGGAGAUGCAACGUCGUGAAACUCAAAGUCUGAAAGGAUACAGUGAUUCUUUGACUUUCGAGGCCAAAAUCCACGAUGAACUGGUUACCGUGGAGAAGGAGAAUGCUUGGCUGAGGGCAAGACAACAGAUUACGGUGUCCCCUUGGUUUCUCGAAAAGCAUCAAGUGCUAGCCCGGGUGCAGCCCAUGAUUUUGACCAGAACUCGCCGCUUCAUUACAGCCAUGGAUAUACUGAAAGAGAAGGCUCGUGAAAUUGAGCUCCUUACGGAUUACAUUGCCAAAUUGCAAACUCUAUUACUAGACAACAACAUUGACUUCGAGACUUUUGAACAUCCGGAGGAAAUAGUGGAUCCUCGAACUCGGAGUUCUCGAGAAGAGCUGUUGAUGAGGGUGCAUGCUCAGGACCUAAAGAUCGUGGAUCUUAAGGACAAAUUGAAUCAAUGUAUGAAGUACACGGAUGGAUGUGAAGUACAGCCGGAUGUCGAUUUAUAUAGCGCUUUUUUAGGCCGGAUGUGA